AUGGAUAUGUCCAUCGAAGACCCGUUCUCAAAUCUUUCGCUUGGACAGAGAGAAUUGAAAGUUAUAGUCCCUGACGACGAUGCAUCUCCCGAGUUCGAUCCAGGAAGGGCUUUGGUUGGUCGUCUGGUCUCCGGUAAGGUAUUGGGACACAACACCAUUGUUCAGAGGUUGAAGGGUUUCUGGUCUCUUAAGGACAAUCUCACCACCCACGCAUUGGGAGAUAACACGAUCUUGUUCUGCUUCAACAGUAUGACGGAUAAGAAACGGGUUAUGGUGGGUGCUCCUUGGUUUGUGGAAGAUCAUCUCCUGAUUCUGAGCGAGGAUACGGCUGAUGUCAUUGCCAAGAGGCAAGUUUUCACGCACUCUCCUCUCUGGAUUCAAUUACAUGGCCUCCCCGUCGGCCUCAUGUCGAAGAAGUUUGCAGCGACUGCGGGUGACAAUAUCGGCCAAUUCAUUGAGGUGUACUGUGACAGUGAGGGUUCCUAUAUUGGCCGGUUUCUGAGAAUCAAGGUGUCAGUCGAUAUCAGGCUGCCUUUGAUGAGAGCUAUUACUGUCAGCCAUAAGGGUCAACUGCUCAAAAUUCAACUUCAGUAUGAACGAGUGUCGGACUUCUGUUACUUUUGUGGUGUCAUCGGGCACGAACAAUCCAGUUGUGAUGCUAAAAUCAACACUCCAAAUGCUGCUUCGAAACCACUCGAAUAUGGCCCUCAGCUGAUGGCUGAUCCAGUGAGCAAUCCAUUCCUGGAGCGACGUUUCCAGCGACGUCGAAGUGAAGGCGAUUCUUUUUCUGCCUACCCGCAACCAAAUCCUACCACAAAAUCUCCCCCUCCCCCUCCUCCCCCACCCCUAAAGCCUAUUUCCUCCACCACAAGCCAGCAAGAAACCAUUGAAACCCCUGAAAACCUUAACAUUUCCACUCCGCUCACUUACAAAGCCGCACUUCUCACCCAAAACUCUCCAACUUUCACCAGAGACCGAAGCAUCCCGCCAUAUAUGCCAUUCCAAGUUCCCAUGGGCUCUCGCCAUAGCCACAUGCCUCCCAUUCGAGUGGCCAAAACCCCUCUAUCCCUUCCCGUUACUUUUAUCCAGCAGAUGAGGCCAAAAGACUGUCGGAGGCUUACUCGGAGAAAAAUCAGAGGAAGCAUAACCUCGUUUAUUAUGAGGAUGGCUCAAUCUUGGCUUAUCUCCCACCAACCCUCAACCCCGCCAAAACUCUUGAGGAGAAUCUUAGCCUUGUUAUCUCCGAAUGCAACUGGAGUUGACUUAAUCGCCGUCAUUCAAGCACAAAGGGCGGAGGAUCUUCAAUCCGGAGAAGUUGAAGAGUCUCUCACCUCUCAGCACCAAAACGCACCCCCUAUUAUUCAACUUCCCCCUUUCACCGCCCACUCACCUAAAAAACCAUUCUCACCAUCCCAAACAUCUCAGCCAGAACCAUCAAUCCACAACCCCCCUCCCCGAUCCUCCCCUCGAGCCCUUUCCUGGUAA